AUGUCGACUGGAGUUGACAAUCGACAUCUCCAGUCUAUACCAGCCUUUUCACACCCGGGUCCAAGACCGAACAGACGUUCUCUUUCGCGGGCCUCUGUAUCCGCGAGCGCUCCUUUGAACUUGCCAAACGGAUUGUUAGAUAAACCGCCAGCUGUUAUCAUGGCUCAGAGUCAGAGGUCGCGAUACAUAAAAACGGGGGCCAUUGUGGCUGCCUUGUUGCUGAUGCUGCUUUGGAUUUCGCCCUCAAGACGGCCAGCGACCAGUUUUGGAGAUCAUCCUGCUUCCAACGGCGCGGCUCCUCUCACUGAAAAAUGCUCGAAGCCACACGAUCCCUCCAAGCCUUUAAUUCAGUAUGCUCUUAUGAUUGAUGCUGGUAGCCAAGGCUCUCGCAUCCACGUCUACCGGUUCAAUAACUGCGGACCCACCCCCGAACUGGAGCACGAGGAGUUCGAACAAACCGAGAAGCGACAAGGUGGUUCGGGGCUUAGCUCCUAUAAGGACGAUGCUGAGGGUGCAGCUAAGAGUCUGGACCCUCUUAUGGCUGUGGCUAUGAGGACUGUUCCCGAUGAAUACAAGUCUUGCUCUCCAGUUGCCGUAAAGGCCACCGCUGGCCUGCGCAUGCUUGGAGCCGAGAUGAGUCAAAAGAUUUUGGAAGCAGUGAGAACCCGCCUGGAGACCGUGUAUCCUUUCCCCGUUGUCUCGCGAGAGAAGAAUGGUGUUGAGAUUAUGAAUGGCUCUGAUGAGGGUGUUUAUGCCUGGAUUACAACCAACUACCUUCUUGGAAAGAUUGGUGGACCUGAUGAGACUCCUACGGCUGCAGUGUUCGAUCUCGGUGGUGGUUCAACCCAGAUUGUCUUCCAGCCUACCUUCGAGAAAAGCCCAUCAGGCGGCAUGCCGGAACGCUUGGCUGAAGGUGAUCACAAGUACGACCUUCAGUUUGGUGGACGCCACUUUGAGUUAUAUCAGCACUCCCAUCUUGGAUACGGCCUCAUGGCUGCACGUACGGCGGUGCAUAAGGCUAUCGUGGAUGCGAAGCUAGCGAUGAACCCCAAGGAUCUAGCUUGGGUUAAGAUGCCCAUCUCCAAUCCCUGCAUCGGGCCCGGAAUGGAGCGUGAAGUGAAGCUUACAUACCCGGCCGAGCAUCCCCUGGGCCCAGAGGUUGUGGUCAAGAUGGUUGGCCCGCACGAAGGAGCCGUGUCCGCCGCUGUUCAGUGCCGUGGUCUAACCGAGAAGAUCCUCAAUAAAGGUGCCGAGUGUGCGUUGGCACCAUGCUCUUUCAACGGCGUCCAUCAACCGUCUUUGGAGAAGACAUUUGCUAGGGAGGAUGUGUACAUCUUCUCCUACUUCUUCGACCGCACCAAGCCCCUGGGCAUGCCGGAUUCGUUUACCCUUAACGAGCUUCAUGAUCUCACAGCUACGGUCUGCGGCGGCGAACCGGAAUGGACGAUCUUCGAGGGCGUUGAAGAUGCUUUGCCCCAGUUGCGCGACCGCCCUGAGUGGUGCUUGGACCUGAAUUUCAUGCUUGGUCUCCUGCAUACCGGCUACGAAAUGCCCUUGUCGCGUGAAGUCAAGAUUGCCAAGAAGAUUAAGAACAACGAGCUGGGAUGGUGUCUCGGUGCAAGUUUGCCCCUCUUGAGCCAGGAAUCGGGCUGGACCUGCCGAGUCAAGGAAAUUUCAUAG